AUGCUUAGUUAUAAUGAUCAAGAUAACGAUAAGCGCACUCGAAAAAGAUUCAAAUAUAUCAACACUGUUAUAUUAGGACGUAAAAGAGACCCGAUUAUUCAAAUAACAACAUCAGAACCGGAAGUAAUAAACAUGUGCAAGGAACUGCAAACUGAAACAACAAUCGCCAGAAACAAAGUCUUGGACAAAAUUUAUGAAUGUUAUAAUAACAGUAAUGGUACCAGCAAGAAAUACAACAAGGAGGAGAUUGAACUAGACCCUUCAUAUCAUUUACCAUAUUUGGAAUUAUUCCUAGAUAAUGAUUUUCCACCUCAUAUGGUAGCAUUAGACGCUGCACAUCCAUGGCUAGUUUAUUGGAUAUGUAAUGCAUAUAGAAUAUUAAGUGAGUCACCAUUGCCCCCCGCGAUCAAUUUAAAAAUAAAAAAUAAGUUCUUUCCACCAUUGUUAACAACGCUUAAGAAAGCAGGCCCUUUUGGAGGUGGCGUAAACCAAAUACCUCACGUGGUGGCUAACUAUGCUUCCAUCUUGUCGUUAGGUCUAACGGAUUCCCCUGAAAUCUGGUCUUUGAUAGAUAGAAAAGCAAUUUACGAGUGGUUUUUAAAAUUAAAGUUACCUAAUGGCUCGAUAUCCACCUCAGAAUCUACUGGUGAGCAUGAUGUAAGAUCAAUUUAUUGUUGUUUAUCUGUGGCGAGCUUAUUAAACAUUUUGACGAUGGAGUUGGUUGAAGGUAUGUUAGAUUUUUUAAUAAAUUGUCAAACUUUUGAAGGUGGGUUUGGUGGUUCUCCCGGUGAGGAAGCUCAUGGUGGCACAACUUUUUGUGCAUUGGCUAGUCUAGUUAUACUGAUACCAUUUUUGUAUCCAAAUAAAGUAUUGGAUGAUUUUAUUGAUGUAGAUAAUUUAUUACGAUGGUUAAGUGCUAGACAGCCCAACGAAGAAAUUGGGUUAAAUGGCCGAAGUAAUAAAUUGGUCGAUGGAUGUUAUAGUUUUUGGGUUGGUGGGUCAGCUGCUAUUUUGGAGUCAUUGGGAUAUCCAUUUGUCAUAGAUAAAAGUGCAUUAAGAGAAUAUAUUUUAAGAUGUUGUCAAUCAACAGAAACCCGAGGGUUCAGGGACAAACCUGGAAAACGACCUGAUUUUUACCAUACCAAUUAUGUUUUAUUAGGAUUAUGUUGCUGUGAUUCUGUAUUUUAUACUAAAGAUUCUAACCCACUUAAUUUUGUAUCUAGGAUUAAGCCAGGCAACAAAGAUAGAGGAGUUGCCGCUAUCAAUCCGGUUUAUGCCUUAACUUGCGAAACUACUAGGAAUAUGUAUGAGUUUUUCAAAAACUUUUCAAAUUAA